UAUUCAUUUUUUUUACAUUGAAUCAUAAUUUGACAGUUUCGAAUAAUAAUUUCAACAAAAAUUAUCAUUAUCAUCCAAAAAAUAAUAAUAUCAUGGAUAGAAAUAAUCUUCAUGAACAAAUGAUUCAAUAUGGCCAUCAUGCUAAUAAGCAUGAAUUUGAUCGACUUAAAAAUCCUUUAAAAUCUACAUUUAUUCAUGGUCCAUCAUCGAUUCGUCAAUCGAAUUAUGGUGGCCAUCCAUUGGAACAAAUGGAAAAAACACGACUCGCACGUGAAGAAUAUCGUGAUUUACAGAUAUUACGUUCUGUACAAGGAAUUCAGGCACCACUUCGUCAAUUAAGUGAACGUAAAGCAGCAUCGAAUGUUGGCCGAUUACCAUUCCUUCGAAGUUCAAAUCUAAUGUCCGAUGUAUUAAUGGGUCAUGAUGAGUUGAUUAUGCCGGAAAAUAUAUUUGAUCAACCGAAUGAAUAUUGUGAAGUUAAUCUACCACCACAUAUGGUUAUGGAACGAAAAUUGAACAUUUUGUAAUUUAUGAAUACAAAAUUGAUAAUGAAUGAAUAAAAAAAGAAUUUUGCUUU